AUGUCUCGUCCGGAAGAUACUCUCCCGCCGGACCUCUUCUACAAUGACUCCGAAUCGCGUAAAUACACAUCUUCUUCACGAAUAAAAAAUAUCCAAUCUGAGAUGACACAUCGUGCCCUGGAACUACUCGAACUCACAUCUCCCUCGCUCAUUCUGGAUAUUGGUUGCGGCUCGGGUCUAUCUGGAGAGAUACUCUCGUCCAUUGAGCCAUCUGAAGGCGGCCCGCAUACCUGGAUUGGCAUGGACAUAUCUCCCAGUAUGCUAGAUGUAGCACUUCAACGGGACGUGGAAGGCGACCUCUUCCUAGCCGACAUUGGACAAGGCGUCCCGUUCAGACCUGGAACAUUUGACGCCGCCAUAAGUAUCAGCGCGAUACAAUGGCUUUGCAACGCCGAGACAAGCGAUGUAAGUCCCGAAGGCAGACUGAAAAGGUUUUUCGAGGGGCUAUACGCUUCUUUAAAACGUGGUAGUAGAGCUGUCUGCCAGUUCUACCCUAGAAACGAUUCUCAAAGAGGCAUGAUUAGUGGUGCUGCGAUAAAAGCUGGCUUUGGCGCUGGUAUCCUUGAAGACGACCCAGGCACCAAGAAUGGGAAGACAUAUCUUGUCCUCACUGUCGGUGGAGGUGGACUACAGGGUGAUAUCACCGGUGUUGUCAAGGGGAUGGAUGACGUCGAUAUCUUGGAUGCUAGACGGAAAGCCAGGGAGGCAGCCAAGGGCCGUAGGGGUCCGGAUCAAUCACACGUCAAGGGAACCAAAGCCUGGAUUCUGAGGAAAAAAGACCAAAUGGAGAAGAAGGGCAAGGUUGUCAAGGCAACUUCGAAAUAUACCGGAAGAAAGAGACGCAUUGCAUUUUGA